UCUGCUUCCUCAGCGAUGCUUUUCCACAGUCUGUCCGGCUCGGAGAUGCACGGGGUCAUCGACGAGAUGGAUCGGAGAACCAAGAGCGAAGCACCGGCCAUCAGCUCUGCUAUAGACAGGGGAGAGACCGAAACGACCAUGCCUUCCAUCAGCAGUGACAGGGCUGCCCUGUGCGCCGGCUGCGGGGGGAAAAUCUCCGACCGUUAUUACCUCCUGGCUGUGGAUAAACAGUGGCACAUGCGCUGCCUGAAGUGCUGUGAAUGCAAACUCAACCUGGAGUCCGAGCUCACCUGCUUCAGCAAGGACGGCAGCAUUUACUGCAAGGAGGAUUACUACAGGAGGUUUUCGGUGCAGAGAUGUGCGAGGUGUCACCUGGGGAUUUCUGCCUCCGAGAUGGUCAUGAGGGCCAGGGAUUUGGUAUAUCACUUAAAUUGCUUCACUUGCACCACUUGCAACAAGAUGCUGACCACCGGCGACCACUUUGGGAUGAAGGACAAUCUGGUGUACUGCCGCCUCCAUUUCGAGACUCUCAUCCAGGGGGAGUACCAGGUGCACUUCAACCACUCGGAUGUAGCCGCUGGGAAGGGCCCGGCACUGGGAGCGGGCUCUGCCAACACUUUGGGACUGCCUUACUACAACGGCGUGGGGACUGUCCAGAAGGGGAGACCCAGGAAAAGGAAGAGCCCAGGGCCUGGGGCAGACCUGGCAGCCUACAACGCAGCUUUAAGCUGCAAUGAAAACGAUGGUGACCACCUGGAUAGAGACCAGCAAUACCCCAGCAAUCAAAAGACAAAGCGGAUGAGGACAUCAUUCAAACACCACCAGUUGCGGACAAUGAAGUCAUACUUUGCUAUUAACCACAAUCCUGAUGCCAAGGACUUGAAACAGCUAGCUCAGAAAACUGGCCUGACCAAAAGAGUUCUUCAGGUUUGGUUUCAAAAUGCUCGAGCCAAAUUCAGACGGAACCUCUUACGUCAAGAAAACACAGGGGUGGAUAAGACUUCAGACUCAACACUCCAAGCAGGGACCCCAUCAGGUCCUGCCUCAGAAAUAUCCAAUGCCUCCAUGAGUCCAUCCAGCACUCCCACUACUUUAACGGACUUGACUAAUCCUACUAUGCCUACUGUGACAUCUGUCUUGACAUCAGUGCCCGGAAGUCUUGAGGUUCAUGAAUCUCGAAGUCCUUCACAGACGACUCUUACGAAUCUUUUCUGAUGACUCUUUCUUAAUAAUUUCUUUAAAAAAGAAAUUAUUCUUAGCUGAAAUUCCAAGUGUAUUUUAAUAGAGGCUUUGAGCAACUGACUAACCACAAUUAGGAUCUCUCCUAAAAAAACAGAAGGAAAUGUAGUGUUCUGGUAUUGCGGAGUAUGGACUGAAGAAUAACUUGGAAGAUCUAUUGCAACACAACAUUUGUGUAACUGUACAGUUUUGUGGACUGAGCAAGGGAAACAGCAAUUAAUUUAAGUUGGCUAAAGCUUCUGUAUUUUCAAAGACUGCCAUGUGCCUUAUAUACUGUUUUAUCUACAUUCUUUGGGUUCCAUGUCCACUUCUCUCUUUUUCUCUCUGUAUAUUUAUAACCAGGGCAAAAAUGUUAAGAGUUUGUUACUUUGAAUAGUCCUAAGCCUUUCAUUGGUUGCUUUGUUGUUUUAGAAUUUUAAGGUCGAAGUCUGUUCGAAUACCAGAAUUUGUAAAAUCUAACCAGUAAUAAAACCACUUAUGGAAA